CUUCUCAUUUACUCACUACAUUAGCUAUAUAUCUCACAGAGAAACAUGGCAAGCCAGAGCUGCUUUAUGUCCAUGUUUCUGGGGUUCUUUACAGCAAUGGUGCACCUUUCAGCCUCCAGUCUCAGUAAAGUUCCGGUUCAGUCUGACAAACCAACGGGAAUCUUCCUGCUGGCGGACGGAGAAAAGUACACCUUAAACUUCACUGAAGCAACAGCAGCCUGCUUACUUCUGAACGUCACCAUAGCAACCGAAGCUCAGAUGCAGGAAGCAGUGCAGCACGGACUGGAGACAUGCAAAUAUGGCUGGGUGGCUGAAAUGAAAGCUGUCAUCCCACGGAUAAAACCUGACCCUAAAUGUGGAGCAGGGAAAAGUGGCCUGGUAGUGUGGCAGGCAGCACUUAGUAAACAAUUUAUGGUGUAUUGCUUCAACGCUUCAGCAAUUACAGAUCAGAACCAAACUUGGAAACCAAGCACAGCCAGUCCACGAUCUUCCAGAUCUUCUACCUCACUGGAAGCGAUGAUCCAGACCUCAGCAUAUUCUGCAUCUACAUACAGAUCAACAACCCGUUUGCCACCAUUAGUGGAUAGUCCCACCAAACAGACCCCUUCAGCUUCAGACCCCUUCACAGAGACAACAGACCAGCCUUCAUCUUCCCUCUCCUCCUCCUCUGUUAAACACCUGUCCUCCUACGUUCCCCUUUCUCCUAACCGUCUGAGCACCCCCAUACCCCCCAGGGUCACUUUUGGCGUUUUGACCUGCAGUCCGUCCUCAAGUCCCGCUGUUUCUUCUGAGCUCGGUCUGCAACCAUCGGUUAGCCCGGCAAGCCUCCAGCUAAGUGCUGCUCAUAUCGUGCUCAUUAGCCUCAGCAUCAUUCUGCUUCUUCUUACGGCAGUGACCGCCUGGUGGUGCUACAAAGCGAAAAUCUGCCGGUUGUUUGUCCGGCAGCUCCAUAAGGACGACAUGGAGACGGAGAUGUGGAAGAACACGCACAGUGAGAUGGAGCUACAGAGUGAAGACGGAGCAGAAAUGGAGCUUGAUGAAGAACUGAGCAUGAAGUACUCCAGUGAUAUUACACUCUGUGUGAAUCCAUGCCUGGAAACAAACUCUUUAGAGUAGCUGGUGAUUCUGGAGCCUGAUUUUGAUCCUGGCGUCGAUCGGUCAUGUUGUAUGAAACACCACAGACAAAAUCAAUCUGUAGACUACAGGCAGGCAGAAAACACAACAACUUGAGGCUGAAAAGAGGCAGACUAUUUUAGUUAGCCACAAUUCUGAGCAGUUUAUUAUGGAAGUAUGUUUUUGCCACCUGAAAUUAAAAAAGAUGGCACAUGGUAUGUCAUAAUAAUAACACUUAAAGGCAUAAUUAUAAGAUUUUAAAUAAUAAAAAUGAAAUCUAAAACUAAUUAUUGAAAUUUUAAGGAAAAAUAUGAGAUUUAAAGUCAUAAUUUCAACUUUCAUCAGUCAUAAUUAUGAGAUAUUAAGUCACAAUUAUAAGAUUAAAGUCAAAUUUGAGAGCCUAAGGCAUAAAUAUGAAAUCUAUAACCAUAUGAUCCAAAGUAAUAGUUUUGACUCUCACAAGUCAUAAUUGUGAGGUUUUGAGGAAUUAUUAUAAGAUGUUAUAUGUUGUUAGAAGUUAUGAGAUUUUAAGCCAUAAUACGAUUUAAAGUUCUAAUUCCCACUCUCAUAAGUUCUAUUGACGAGAUUUUAAUAAUGAGGAGAAUUGAAAGUUAAUUAUGAUAUUUAAAUAGAUAAUUAUGACACACUUUGUAUCCCAUAAUUACAUCAUAAAGACAGACAUAGGUUGGAACUUUGACUAGGCCAUUAGGUGAGUAAGCUUUCACGUAAAGCAUUCUAUUGUAUCUGUCUGCACAAUAUAUCACAACUAUAUUAUCAUGUGUAUCCUAACCACUGUGAGUCUGUGCAAUAUCAAGAUAGCAAAGAAAUACUUGGACAGUAAUACAUAUUAACACAUUUUGUCAAUUCAUUCAUGCACUCCAUGUUAAAUGUACAUUUUGUAAUGCUUGUUCUCUGAAGUAGCAGGAAAUGUUUUAGGGAGGCCAUAAAGAAAUAAUAAAAGCAUGUAUUUGUUGUCAACUAUGCAUUUUACUGCCUUUACUGCAGCUGUAGCCAUAAGAAAGUUUUUCUUCAAAAUCACACU